GCCGCACACCAACGUCAGGGCUGGUAGAGAGGCUUGGUUUUCCACUGGACGCACAUCAAUGUCCAUGCUACACCGGCGGGUCAACGUUGUCCUCCACCCUGGGUGCCGCCUAUGCCUCUUACACCUCCUAUUGAGCUUGGUAACCUCUCCAUCUCUCCAAGUCUCUUCUUCUGGCAUGGCAGGAAUGACUGGAAUGGAAUUAAAUAGAUUUGAAAUAUAGCCAGCUGGAGAGAGCUCAGUUGCUGUUGGAUUUGAAGAAUAUGGAAUUAGUCUUGGGGGAUUCUGCUUUUAAAGAAUGGAUGGCUUUAUUGAGAUUUCCCAAUAUCUCAGUCGCUGACCAGUGCUGGUCGGACAGUGUUGUUGACUGGUGAAUCGGGUUAUGUGAGAUCUGUGUUUUUAGUAACAAUCCGUGCAAUUAGUAUUUGUAUAAAGAAAUCUUGUGGAAAUAAUUAACGUAUACCUGGAAUCGAAAAUGAACUGGGCGUCCUUUUAUGCCGUCAUCAGCGGUGUAAACAGACACUCCACGGGCAUCGGUCGCAUCUGGCUCUCUGUCCUCUUCAUCUUCCGCAUCCUGGUCCUGGUGGUUGCAGCAGAGAGUGUGUGGGGCGACGAGAAGUCUGGCUUUACUUGUAAUACCCAGCAGCCCGGCUGCAACAGCGUCUGUUAUGACCACUUCUUCCCCAUCUCACACAUCCGUCUGUGGGCCCUGCAGCUCAUCUUGGUGUCCACCCCGGCCCUGCUGGUGGCCAUGCACGUUGCCCAUCGCCGACACAUCGACAAGAAACUCUAUAAACUGUCUGGCCGGGCCAGCCCCAAGGACCUGGAGCAGAUCAAGACCCAGAAGAUGAAGAUCACAGGUGCCCUCUGGUGGACAUAUAUCAUCAGCCUGUUCUUCCGCAUCAUCUUCGAAGUGACCUUCAUGUAUCUCUUCUACAUGAUCUACCCCGGCUACAAGAUGAUCCGGCUAGUCAAGUGUGACUCGUACCCCUGCCCCAACACGGUGGACUGCUUUGUGUCCAGGCCCACAGAGAAGACUGUCUUCACUGUGUUCAUGCUGGCUGUGUCAGGGAUCUGUAUCCUGCUCAACAUCGCAGAGGUCGUCUUCCUGGCAGGGAAGGCUUGCGGUAGGCACUUAAGCAAUGCUGGAGACUCAACCAUGGGGGCAUGGAUCACCCAAAAGCUCUGCUCAUACUAGAACAAACUAAACGGACCAUGGCAGUAUAACUCUAAUUGGUUACAUAACAUGCUCAAAGCUCAAGGUAAAGGGCCUUAACAACACUCAUUAAUCUGCUUACUUCACCAUGAUGAGGUGUCGACACUUUUUCUAUACUUGUCGAAAUGACACUUCAAAUGGAUGUGUUUAAAAGGACAAUAUCAAUUUGGAUAAAGACAUAAGCUCGACAGAAGAGGAGACUGUACGAUAAAAGUACGGUAAACUGAUUUAUUAACGUGCCCUUAACUUGCAACGCCUCAAAUUCAGCUGAAUUCAAUAUACCGUCUUCGUUAUGCUCUGCGAGAUUCAAGCAACUAAACCAUCUCAUCAUCUAUUCUAUAUCAUGAUUUAAUUCCUGACAGCCUGUUUAAUGCGACAUGCUUAGGACAAAGCCUGGGUAUGGGUUCAAUUGUCCAUUGUAAAUAUUAACCCAAGAAAACUGUCCAAGUGGUUAAUUUAACCAACAUCUGGUGGUUGUAGUGGAGUAUUACUAAUAACUAAGAGGCCAUUCCUAAGCACCACUAAUAACUACCUCACUUUCAUAGUGAAAUAUCAAGUGGGUGCUUCAAGACAUCUGAAUGGUGCUUUGAAUUCUAUGAAUGAGACUGAUUAUGCAAGUGUAUAGAGUAGUAUAGAAUGGAUAAUGAAUGAGAAAAUGUGCUUGACUUUCAAAGUUUAAGUUACGAUGGUAGAACCGAAUGAUCAGAGAACAUGUUUAAAUGUCUAUCUCAUUGUUUUUCUUACCAGUAUAUACAGCAUUGCUGUAUAAGGAUAAUAGAUGUUUAGAAUUUGUGGUACUGUAAAGUUUUUACUUCAUAAUAUAUAUAGCAUUUUAGUCCCUGUUUUGUUGUAUACCAUGCCUUCUUAUAUUGAAUUGCACUGGUUUUUAUUGCUGUACCUAAUAAAAUUAGAAAUUCCUAAUAAAACACUUGAGUUUAAUUAUGUACAAUAGCCACAUGGAAAUAUUAUAAUGAGCUGGUAGUGAACACAACUAUAUGCGUAUAUGCUUGUGAAUGUAUUCUGAAUGCGUUAUGUACAGAUAACUGCCAAAAUAAAGGAAACACCAA